UAGUACGCACUUGUUUCUUACUUCACAUCUCAUCUUCAUAACAUGGCUCGCAACUUUGAUCACUAUCCCAAGAACGUUGGUAUCCUUGCCAUUCAAACUUACUUUCCUUCUCGUUAUGUAGAGCAAACCGAGAUGGAGGCUUUUGACGGUGUCAGUGCUGGAAAGUACGUUAUUGGUCUUGGUCAAGAAAGAAUGGCUUUCAUUGAUGACAGAGAGGAUAUCCAAUCUAUCUGCUUGACUGCCGUCCAGAACUUGAUGGAAUCUUACAAGAUCUCUUACAACGAUAUUGGUCGCCUUGAGGUCGGUACUGAAACCAUCAUUGACAAGUCCAAGGCUGUCAAGACCACUUUGAUGACCUUGUUCGCUGAGCACGGAAACACUGAGAUCGAAGGUAUUGAUACCACCAAUGCUUGCUAUGGUGGUACCAGCGCUUUCUUCAACGCUGUCAACUGGGUUGAAUCUUCUUCAUGGGAUGGUCGCUAUGCGAUCGUCGUUGCUGGUGAUCUUGCCUUGUAUGCUACCGGCGCCGCCCGUCCUACCUCAGGUGCUGGUGUUGUUGCCAUGCUCAUUGGCGAGAACGCUCCUCUCGUCCUUGAACGUCAGUUGAGAUCUACCUACAUGACCCAUGCCUACGAUUUCUACAAGCCCGAUAUGCACUCUGAAUAUCCCAUCGUCGAUGGCAAAUUCUCCAACACCUGCUACAUCCAAGCUUUCGAUACUUGCUACAACAAGUACAUGGAUAGACUCAGUGCCAAGACUGGAAAGGAGAAGGUUAGCAUGGAAGAUGUUGACUACCUUGUCUCUCACUCACCCUAUGCCAAGCUUGUCAACAAGAGCUUUGCCCGUGCUGCCUAUAACGAUUUCGUUCGUGACCCCGAGCAUCCCAAGUACGCCGAAUUCAAGCAAUUUGCCGAUAUUUCUUACACUGAUUCUUUGGAGAGCCGAGAUAUUGAGAAGGCUUUCAUGAACUACACCAAGGAAGGUUAUAAGGCCAAGGUCGGUCCUGCUGCUUAUGGUCCCAAGAACAUCGGUAACUGCUACACUGCCGCUACCUGGUUCUCUCUUAGCUCUUUGAUCUCUGAAGUCUCUUCUGAGCAAUUGCAAAACAAGCGUAUCUUGUUGUACUCUUAUGGCUCUGGCCUUGCUGCCUCCAUGGCUUCUUUCAAGGUUCUUGCCUCCACUGAACAGAUCAAGACCAACCUUAGCCUGAGAGAGAAGUUGGAACAGCGAACCAAGUGCAAGCCCGAGGACUUUGUUGAGGCCAUGGCUAUCCGUGAAAAGACCCACAAUGUCAAGGACUACACUCCCGUUGGCAGUCUUGAUCACAUUGCUUCCGGUGUAUACUAUAUCGAUACUAUUGAUGAUAAGUGGAGACGUUUCUACAAGCGCAAGGACUAAGUCUUUGUUGCUGCCACCAAGUACUCUCUCGAUACCACUCUUCCGAUGAAGUACUCUCUCUUUUCUUUAAUCUGUGAAAAAAAUAUAUAUAUUUGUGGCUAUUCUCAAGUUUAGAAGACAUUUUUGUUUCCCCCCCCCCCCAUUUUUUUGUUUUCUCCCUACGACCUAAUCAUUCAAUUUUUAUUUCCUCUAUACUUGUUCAUAGCUUGACGGAUGUUUAUUAGAAAGUCCCGGUCAUUCUUCCCGAUAAUAAUAUCAUCAUAAAGACAACUGAUUCAUUGCAUCCUACAGCAUACAUAGGCUUGAAUGUGGUUGACUUGGUGUCCGUUUACUAAUC